GUGGCCUGCGGCGGUGGGGCUUACAAACCCGGAAGCGGCGCAAGGGCACGCGGGGAGCGCGGGAACGGAGCGGCCAAGGGACCUCGGGACCCCCAAAACCCCUAAAACCCCUCAAGACCCUUCUCGUGACCCCUCCACCCGUCUCCGAGACGCCCUCCCAAAAUCUCCUCCCAAAUCCCCCUAAAAUUCCCCCCAAAAUCCCGGUAGCAUUCCCCGACCCCCCCCCCCCCCCCCCCCAAUUCCUGACCACCCCCAAUCCCGACAUCCCCAAUUUUUCCCCCCUAGUUCCCAACUCCCCAAAUUCCAGCCCCCCCCAAAAUUCCCACCCCCAAAUUCAAGCCCCCCAAUUCCCGACCUACCCCUAAUUUUAACCCCCAAUUCCCGACCCCCACCCCAUUCCAGACCCCCCAAAUUAAUUCCCGACCCCUUCAAUCCCUCCCUAAAUUCCAGCACCCUCAGAUCCCCCCAAAUCCCAGCCCCCCCAAAUUCCUGAUGCUGUUCGGCGCGCUCUCCCGCGGGUCCCUGCGGGGGUUCCACCCGGGGGGGCCCCUGAGGGGGCUCGGCCCUGACCCCACCCGGGACCCCCCCCAAAAAACCGACCGAGACCCCCCCUGGGACCAGGCUGGUGGGCGGCGCCAGCAGCGCCCGGUGCCCGUGAGCCGGAUCAGCCGGGCUGCGGCCAUGGGAGGGCUGGCGCUGGAAUUGGGGCUGGGGGCUUUGGCCGGCGCUGCCCAGAAGCGGCUGCAGGGGCAGGAGCAGCGUACGGGCUCCCCUCCCCUGCUGUCGGAAGCCACCGCCGAGCGUUUGGUGGCCACGCUGAGCCGGGCGCGGGGGGCGGCGCUGAAACUGGGCCAGCUCCUCAGCAUGGCAGACUCGUCGGUGCUGACCCCGCAGCUGCAGCAGAUCCUGGCGCAGCUCCGGCAGAGCGCAGAGCCCAUGCCCGGCUGGCAGAGCAGGGCGGUGCUGGAGCAGGAGCUGGGCCCAGGCUGGCAGCAGCAACUCCAGGAGUUCCAGGAGGUUCCCGUGGCUGCCGCCUCCCUGGGGCAGGUGCACCGGGCACGGCUGCGCGACGGCCGCGAGGUGGCGCUCAAAGUGCAGUACCCGGGCGUCGCCCGCAGCAUCGGCAGCGACAUUGAGAAUCUCCUGACGCUGCUGAGCCUCAGCCCCGGGCUGCCCAAAGGGCUGUUCGCGGUCCCGUCGCUGCGCGCGCUGCAGCGCGAGCUCGAGCUCGAGUGUGACUACGGGCGGGAGGCGGCGAGCGCGCGGCGCUUCCGGUCGCUGCUGGGGGGUGACCCCUUUUUCCGGGUGCCGCGGGUGCUGCCCCAGCUCAGCUCGCGCCGCGUGCUGUGCACGGAGUGGGGGCGGGGCGCGGCGCUGGAGCGCUGCCGCCGGCUUGGACAGGAGCGGCGCGACCAGAUCUGCUCGGAGCUGCUGCGGCUCUGCCUGCUGGAGCUGUUCCAGUUCCGCUUCAUGCAGACAGAUCCCAACUGGGCCAACUUCCUGUACGAGCCGGAGAGCAACACGGUGACGCUGUUGGAUUUCGGGGCGUGCCGGGAAUUCGAGCGGGAAUUCACCGACCUGUACAUCGAGGUGAUCAGGGCGGCGGCCGAGCGGGACAAGGAGAAAAUCCUGCGGAGAUCGGAGGAGCUGAAAUUCCUGACGGGCUUCGAGUCCCCGGCUCUGCGCUCGCUGCACGUCCAGGCCGUGCUGCUGCUGGGGGAGCCCUUCUGGGGUCCCCAGCCCUUCGAUUUCGGGGCGCAGGGCACGGCGCAGGGGGUGGGGCGGCUGCUCCCCCAGAUGCUGCGGGGGCGCCUGGGGCCCCCCCCCGAGCCCAGCUAUGCCCUGCACCGCAAACUGGGGGGGCUGUUCCUGGCCUGCGCCCGCCUGGGGGGCCGCGUGCGCUGCAGGGAGCUCUUCCAGCAGGUCUACGAGGGCUACUGGGACCCCAAAAACAGGGAGGAGACCCCAAAAACCACGGGGAGCACCCCAGAAAUGGAACCAGAUUCAGGGGUGGAGCCCCCGCCCCAAUAAAGGAGAUUUCACCCCAAAAUUGUGCUGGGUUUGGGUUUGGGUCUGGGGCCUCUUCCAGCAGCUCUAUGAGGGGUAUUGGGACCCCAAAACUAGGGAGGGGACCCCAAAAACCACGGGGAGCACCCCAAAAAUGGAACCAGAUUUGGGGGAGGAGCCCCCGCCCCAAUAAAAGGGGUUUUACCCCAAAAUUUGGCUGGAUUUGAUUUGGGUCUGGGGGCUCUUCCAGCAGGUCUACGAGGGCUACUGCGACCCCAGGAAAAGGGAGGGGACCCCAGAGCACCCCAAAAACAGAAAGGGGACCCCAAAAUCCUCAGAGCACCUCUAGAAUACCCAGGGCCCCCCAAAAAUGGAAUCGGGACUGGGGAUGGAGACACCACCCCAAUAAAGGAGAUUUCACCCCAGAAUCGGCCUGGGUUUGGGUUUGGGUCUUGGGGCUCUUCCAGCAGCUCUACGAGGGGCACUGGGACCCCAGGAACAGGGGGAGGGGGAGGACCCCAAAACCAGAACUGGAUUCGGGUGUGGAGACCCCUCCCCAAUAAAAUGGGUUUGAACCCCAAAAUGGAGCUGGGUUUGGGUCUGGGGGCUCUUCCAGCAGGUCUAUGAGGGGCACUGGGACCCCAGAAACAAAGAGGGGACCCCAAAAACCACGGGGAGCCCCUCAAAAACCCAGGGGAGCGCCCCAAAAAUGGAACCAGAUUUGGGGGUGGUGCCCCCUCCUCAAUAAAGGAGAUUUCACCCCGAAA